CGACGGCCUUUGGACCCUGGUUACGGAAGCCGGGGAGGGCUGAUCUUAGCGUCUACCUCAAGGCACUUAGCGGAAAACCGGUUAGCGGUGGAGAAGAGGUGUUUCAGGCCCAAUGGCGACUGUGGAAGCAAGCGGCAGCGAUGGGAAAGGGCAAGGGGUGGAGACCCCCGUCACCUAUUACCGUUUGGAGGAGGUGGCGAAGCGCAACUCCUCGAAGGACAUAUGGCUGGUGAUCCACGGGCGAGUCUACGAUAUCACCCGCUUCCUUAACGAGCAUCCUGGCGGAGAAGAGGUUCUGUUGGAACAAGCUGGUGCAGAUGCAAGUGAAAGCUUCGAAGACGUAGGCCACUCCUCUGAUGCCAGAGAAAUGCUAAAACAAUACUAUAUUGGCGAUGUGCAUCCGAAUGACCUUAAACCUGAAAGUGGUAGUAGUAAGGAGCCUUCGAAAAAUAACACAUGCAAAAGUUGCUGGUCGUAUUGGAUUUUCCCCAUCAUAGGUGCUAUCCUCUUAGGUUUCUUGUACCGUUACUACUACACGUCGGAAAGCAAAUCCUCCUGAGGAGGCCUCGUUGAAGUCUGGAAAGCAUAUCUACUUGGGAGUGAAAACUAGAGACAUGUUUGGAGGCUCCAGCGGUGCCCUGUUCUCAAAUCCUGCCACUUGUAUUCUUCCCCCUUGGAGCCCAGAUGGUUGGACAGACAUCCACCUCAGACCUGGGGACAGUGCCCUUCUUUCUCAGAGCCUUACUCUAAAAGCACCUGCUCAUUGUUCUGAAUCCUUGCCAAUGUUUCCAUGAGCACCUUUAUAUUACAAAGUUUUCUGUUAAUAAUUGCAAUCCAUAUGUCCUAGUGAUAUUGCCCUUUGGUAAAAAUGCCUGCUUUGCAGUAUUUUGCACAUUAGACAUUCUUAACAUGGCAGCACAUUCUGGUUUUGAAGCUUUCCUUUUUUCAAAGUAAAUAUUAGUAUUUUUUAAUUCUGACUUAAUUCUGUUAUUUGUCAUAAGGGGUUUAAUUCAUGAAGUAAAGUUGCAUACCUAUGAUGUAAACCACAGCUGCCAAAUGGUCUUGUUCCUUGUUUAUAUUUGGUAAAACUAGAAAGAACUAUGUGAUUAUCUCCAUCCUCCUAAGCUAGUGUAACAGGUAACUCUAGCCACCUGCUAAGUCCACCAGGUGGUGCUGGAUAGAGAUGCUUCCCUUUUAUUUCUUGGAAUGGAGAACAGGGAAAGGGAGAGAUGAAUUGGGAUGAUAGGGUGAAUUCAUAGCAAUCUUUCUUUUGAAAAAUAUUGAGAAAUACUACUAUAGGGCAGGAGUUUAGAAAAAGCACCAAAGACUUCAUCAUUUACUUUUUGGUUUGGCGCCCAUUUCUAGCCAUCUUUUUUCUUUUUUUUCCUCCUAACCAUCUUAUAUUAGUAAAAUGUAAAUUUGUGCUUAUGUCUGUAGAGAUUUACCAGGGAUUUUUACUGCUUUUUUGUUUAUUGAUUAGCACAGUUUUUAUUCCUUGUUUUAACAAAAGUAGUAAGGGACUCCAAAUUGAUUAGAAUUAGACAUACAGUAUUUGAUCUUCUGUUUGCCCUGUAAAAUAACUUGCAUAGUCAAGUGGCAUUUGAAAGGUGCGGAUGAUGACAAAAGAAUGUUUUCCAUUUUAUCUGUUUUUUACCUCCAUGGCUCCAAUUUGUGGUUUUGUCGUUUUUCCACUGAAGAAAAAAAAAAGAGCUGGUAUUUUUUUUUCCCUCAAUGAGUGUUUCAUUGAGGAGUAGGUUAUUACUUAGAAUUAUGUUACUGUUUCUCUUUGGUUCAGGAAUUUCUUUGGCAUAUUUGCCUUUACUUUUAUUUUCCCUGUGGAAGUACCUGAGGAGACAGUACACUGGCUGUUUUCUACUAACAACUGUGGUGAUUUUUCUCCCUUUCCUUUGAGGAUUACCAGUCUCUUCUGAGCCAUUGUCAUAUGCAGCAGGGAGCCGUGUGGUUCAAGAAAUACCAUGUUCACUCUUCUGUGUCUCCUCCCCGAUUCCUGCUUGCCAGGGACUUGACAAGACAGGAAACUGCCCAGCAAACCAGUUGCCCAGGCAAACUAUUUAAGAAAAAGUUCAACUCAGGUCUUGUAUCCUGUGAUUUAGCAGUUGAGUGAAUUCGGAAUUCAUCAAAAUAAUAUUACCCUUGUAUUUGCAUGCUUGGAUAUGACCUUAUGGAGUAAUUUUUUUUUUUUGAUUUCUGGAUGACUUUUAUAUAUGAGGGGUAGGGGUAUAGUCAAACUUUUUAUCAUUAGAAAAUGUUUUGUAUGUGUUAUAUGAUGCCACUUUAAGAUAAUUUACUGGAAAAAAAAUACUUUGGUUAUUGUGUAGCAAAAGUGGUGUGACUAUUAAUGCUGAAGACAAGGAAGGGUUGCCUUGAAUAAGAAUUGGCAUAAUUGACAUAAUAUAGGUUGCAUGAUUACAGCUACAUUGGGGUAGAAGUAAAGAACAAAGGAGCAUUGAGAUAGAAGGGGAACAGUCAAGCCUAAAACUAAGCCAGAAGAUAACUUGGAUCAAUCAAAAGUGUAUUGGCAGUCUCCAAAAUUGAAUGAAAAACAUCUGGCUUAUAAGAAACAUUAGAGAACAAUCGUCUUAAAUAAAAUUGGUGUUUUUGGUAUUUUUAGCAUAAACACCAAUGCAAAGGUGUGUUUUUCUAUUUCACAUUGGCUGAUUUUUCCUGUUUAUAUCUGGACUUGUUUUUACUCAGAGCCAGAGGAAAAGAUUUUUAGACUUUGUCUCUACCAUCCAUGAAAUCCAUCCAAUCCCAGGGCUGCUUUUGAUCUACCGCUAAUGUGAUGUCACUUUAUAUUAUAAAAACCACUUUUGGGUCCAUUUACUAUUAUUCUGCUGCCUACAUAAACAGCCAGGUAAAAGAGCUUAUGUGAGAGUUUGCAGAGGUUUCUCUAGAACAAUAAAUUAACACAGUAUUUUAGCCAAAUCCAUCAAAAAAGACUUCUGUUUUAAGAGGUAGACUCAAAUUACUGACAGUCUCAACAUUGGUAGGUCAUGAAAACCCCUCUGGAGCAAGUGGAGCCAGGCUCUGUUGGCUGACCGUGCCCCCUAACACUGGUCUCUGGGCUGUUUGUUUAUUUCCAAGGAAGAUUACUUGCUGCUGCACACCAUACUGUACACGUAAUGACUGGGGACCACAAAAGGAGGAGAUGAGUGAAAAUUUGUGCCACCAAAAUAAGGAUGUCAGUGCCGAGUCUCCAAAUUUUCUUAGCUCCUGUUUGGUUUCCAAAUGGCUUCUACGUUUGUAAAGACAAGAAAGUAAUGGGAAUAGAGUUUAUAUUGUGUUCUUAUGUGACCACUUAAGCAGAAACAAAAAUCCAUCGGGACCUAUAAUUUGGGCGUGUAAAGUUCUCUGAGCAGUUGUCAUAAAUGCAUAUGUUGUGAAAUAAGAGCUUGGUCGAGUUUAUACUCAUGUAGUUCUGACGUGGAGCAAUGAAAAAUGCUUUCAGGCCAGCUACAUCAUUACUCAUGGUAUCUAGUGCUGAACAUCUCAAGUGUUAGCUAUCUGGUUAAAUCCGAUUUUAGGAGAUUAAAAUGCAGAAUGUUAAUGUUCAUUACUUCCUUCCCUAGGAGAAAUGGAUUUAGACAUGUCUUGUCUCAACAAGAAAUUGAUUCUUUUUUAACCAUCUCGUUCAGUGGCCAAAUAAUCACGAAAGUAACGAGAAGUUUGGUUACAUCCGGCUGUUGUGCUGUGAAAGAGCCUGGUUUAGAAUUUGUGGGGCGAUCUCAGAAGGAGGUUCCAAGAAGCAGAGGGCGUUAAGUUACCUGCCCUCCAUCUAGCAUCUUACUCUUGUGAGUUUUAUGAGCUGCUCUUGGCCCACAUUUAUAUGCUACAUUUGUUAUUUUGGCGAAAUACUACUACGGUUAUUUAACUUCCUUUCUUUUUACUUCACCCUUGACUGUGAAUGAGUAAUGUUAACAUUCCUUUCAUGUAUUCAAUAAUGGAGUUUGUUUACCUACUUUAUUUCAGCAUAUUUUGAACAAAGAUCUUUGUCUCUUUCUGCUGGAAUGUGCGCAUAGUGAAUGUUUGUUAGAACUACACACAAUAAAGAUACUGUUUUCCUUUCCUCA